UCGCUGCUUUGAACGGUACCGUCUCGCCACUCCACUCCUCACACGCAGAGACGAAGUGGACACGGUUACUAUAACUGGUAGCAUCUCGCCGCGACGCCUGCACUGCUCGGCUCGGCUCUCACUGCGGCCGAUCGAUCGAUCGAUCGAAUGUGCAUGGCCGUGGAGGUGAAGCGGAUCGAGUGACGCGGUGGGGGCAAUGGCAAUGGCGGACGGCGGCGGCGGUAGCAAGGCGCAGGCGGUGAGGGAGGUGUGCGCGGCGUCGGCGGCGUUCUCCGCGUGCACGCACCGGCGCCGGCAGCGAUCCCCGCCCUUCGUCGACUGGUACCUCGUCCUCGCCGUCGCCGACGCCGCCACCGAGGACGCCGUCAGGCGCCGCUACCGCCAGCUCGCGCUGCAGCUUCACCCGGACAAGAACACGCACGCAAAGGCGGAGGUCGCAUUCAAGAUCGUCUCCGAGGCGCACGCGUGCCUCACUGACGGGGCUCGCCGGCGAGCCUUCGACGACGAGCGGGCGGCGAGCUACUGCGCCGCGUGCCACGACAGGUUCAGGCACCGCGCGGAGAGGAGGACGCCGGCGGCGGCGACGGCCACCGGCGGCGCGCAGCACGGGAAGCACCGCGGCGGCGGCGGCGGGGGGAGGAGGAUGCCCGUCGCGGCGCAGGCGCUGCGGGAGGUGCAGAACCGGCUCCGGGACGAGUGCCGCGUCAUCGACAGCUGCCUCAAGGCCAACGGCGGCGGUGGCGCGCGGCGGCGGCAGUCGUUCCCGCUCUUCGACCCCUCCGACCGGCUGCGGUUCCCCGGCUACCCGCACACCCGCCCGCCCCCGCCGCCGCCGUUCGCCGCGGAGUUCUGCCGGUUCGAGGAGAACCUCGCCGCCGAUCGGAACCAGAGAUGGUGCGGCAGCGGCGCCGGCGAGUCGCCGGUGUAUCAGAUCAGAACCGCGCCGGAGCGCGCCGCAAGAACAAAGCGUCAUUGGUGACGGACGAACUCCUGCUAGUGACAUUGCAGAUUUAUUAGCUUCCAUUCUCUCUCAAAGAAUCGUUUACAUUUUCAGAUUGCUUAGCUUUCUUUAGUUCAUUUUACGGCAACAAGAAGAGGAAAACAGUGAAAUUCACUAAAAGAAGUUUAAUAAUAUAGUCCACUGUCCACUGCUAGCUCCAAUUCAUCUAUAGUCAAUCUAAUAGCUAACUAUACUAUUAAUAUACGAUCCCACCUAUCAUAUACACACUGCGUCUUGAAGUUCGUGCUGCAGCUAGCUACAUAUCUACAGUCCGCUGCUCUUAUCUCUUAUCUUUUUUAUCUCAUUAAAAUAUGUUUAUAGCUGGCUAAUAGUUUACUAUUGUACCUGCUCUAAAUACUGCUCUAAAUACUGCCCAGG